AUACCAUGCUUAUGUGGAAGUGCCCCGUGCCUGCUCUGCCGAUGCUGCCCCAGUGGAAACAACUCCACCAUAACUCGGCUGAUUUAUGCAUUCUUUUUACUUCUUGGCGUGAGUGUUGCCUGUGUGAUGUUAAUACCAGGCAUGGAAGAGCAGCUGAAGAAGAUUCCUGGAUUUUGUGAUGGAGGGAUGGGAACAACUAUUCCUGGAGUGCACGGCCACGUGAAUUGCGAUGUACUAGUUGGUUACAAAGCUGUAUACCGUGUGUGCUUUGGUAUGGCCAUGUUCUUCCUUCUCUUCUCCUUAUUGAUGAUCAAAGUGAAGAGCAGCAAUGACCCAAGAGCAGCAGUGCACAAUGGAUUCUGGUUCUUUAAAUUUGCAACAGCACUUGCAAUUAGUGUUGGAGCUUUCUUCAUACCAGAGGGACCAUUUACAACUGUGUGGUUUUAUGUAGGUAUGGCUGGAGCAUUCUGCUUUAUUCUUAUUCAGCUGGUCUUGCUUAUUGACUUCGCCCACUCCUGGAAUGAAUCUUGGGUUGAAAAAAUGGAGGAAGGAAACUCAAGAUGCUGGUAUGCAGCUCUGCUGUCAGCUACAGCUGUCAAUUAUCUGCUGUCUCUAGUAGCUAUUGUCUUGUUUUAUAUUUAUUACACUCAUCCAGAAGGUUGUUCUGAAAACAAGACGUUCAUCAGUGUUAAUAUGCUGUUGUGUAUUGGCGCUUCUGUAAUGUCAAUUCUGCCGAAGAUUCAGGAAUCUCAGCCAAGAUCUGGUUUGCUGCAGUCUUCUGUGAUCACAAUUUAUACAAUGUAUUUGACUUGGUCAGCCAUGACCAAUGAACCAGACAGGCGCUGUAACCCAAGUUUGCUGAGCAUCAUUGGUUACAACAGCACCACCAUUCCAACCCAAGGUCAGGUAGUUCAGUGGUGGGAUGCACAAGGAAUUGUAGGACUGGUUUUGUUUUUGCUGUGUGUUCUCUAUUCAAGCAUCCGAACAUCCAACAACAGCCAAGUUAACAAGCUGAUGCUGACCAGUGAUGAAUCAACACUGAUAGAGGAUGGAAUGCCCAGGAGUGACGGCUCCCUUGAGGAUGGAGAUGAUGUUCACCGAGCCAUAGAUAACGAGAGGGAUGGAGUUACUUACAGUUACUCCUUCUUUCAUUUCAUGCUUUUCCUGGCAUCACUGUAUAUCAUGAUGACGCUUACCAACUGGUACAGUCCGGAUUCUUCUUACGAGACAAUGACCAGCAAAUGGCCGUCUGUCUGGGUGAAGAUAUCUUCCAGCUGGAUUGGCAUCGUGCUGUACGUGUGGACUCUGGUUGCUCCGCUGGUUCUUACAAACCGUGACUUUGACUAAGCUGUGCUGCUCUCUAGGGAGAUUGUGCUAGCUUCACCCUGUCUUUGAAACAAACAGUAUUCCAGAUCACAGCGCAGUUGUAAAUAGGUGUGCGUGUGCUAUCCAUGUAGUAUACCCUGCUUUAUGCUGCAUGAUUACCUUGAAUCAUGUCUUUUGUCAUUUCACUAAAUGACUUUUUCUAGCUGAGCUCAGUGACGAUUGCUGUAAUGAUGGUUUCCGUAGGAUUACUCCUCAAUUGAGUGCUUCGGGAGCAUUAGAUGCAAGAUCAAGACCUUUUGGAAGUAGGGUUUUUUUUUCCCCCUCAGUUGCAUUAAAUAGUUGUAGGAAAAAAGGUGCAAAUG